AUGGCGAGGGGCAGCACUCCAGUCGCCUCAUCAUUGUAUGCCCUGCGGCAGAUGCUGGGACUGACACCAGCCAAUGGAGAUGCUGCUCUCACCGUCCAUCCCAUCUUUGUCUGCAUCGACUGUGAAGCGUUCGAGCAUGCCCACCACAAGAUCACCGAGAUAGGCGUGGCUGUUCUGGACACUAGAGAGCUAGAUCAGAGAAGUGCUGAAGCAAAACAGUGGAUCGAGAAAAUCAAGUAUGGUCACUUCAAGCCAAUCGAGUACGGAUUACUGAAGAACAAGAACUUCGUCAAAGGCUGCCCGGAAGCCUUCAACUUCGGCACUAGUACAUGGAUUAAGCUGGCAGAUGCCAGGCGAGUGCUACAAAACAUCUUUGAUGACCCGACUCGCUUGCAUGAGGCUGCCGACUUUGACAAGCCAUUGAGCAAGACAGGUCGAGACGUAAUCUUUGUUGGCCACAACGCCAGCAGCGACACUUCAUUCCUCAAGCAAGUGGGCUUUAAUGUAGCAGUAGACGGUGGCACCAAGGCGACCAUGGAUACGCAAAAGCUGGCAGGUGGCACGAAGAAGAAGUCGAUUGCCUUGCAACGGCUGCUUUUGAGCCUGGACGUCGAUGCUUACAAUCUACACAAUGCCGGCAACGAUGCGGCGUACACACUUCAAGCUAUGCUUCUGAUGGCGCUGAAAGACCAAUCAACACCUGGAAGCGUGGCUGCCGACUUGCUGAAAUAUUCUGGAAAACUGUCUCCUGCAAAGCACAGCCCAAUAGUCGCACCUCACGUCUUUGCAGGCACGGCUAUGGGGUGUACUAUCGAGUCGGCCGCUGAGAAUGGAUCUAUAGCGACGGACAUGAGAACAAAUAUCCAGAGGCGUGCUGAACGACAAGAGCGGAAGAUCGUUGUACGGACCGUCCGCAAUGCUUCUGAGGUGCCGGCCACGACUGCCAUGGCGCUGCAGAGGCCAGUGACAUCCCACAGCUCACAUAUAUUCUUCAACGACCCAGGACCCUGA